AUGCCCUACUUCCGUAAGAUUGUCCGCUUUCAAAGAGCCGCUGGGGGGAAGCAGGCGGCACGGGCAGCGUGCGUCAUUGGCAAUAUCAAGCGCAGGUAUCGAGCACAGGCUUUCUUGUUCCUGGCCUACCACUUCUUCCUCACAUCGCCCAUGCACUUGGACAUCUUCAUCAUGUUCUUCAUCCUAGUCAGCAACUUCAUGAACCGCCAACAUGCUCAUCCCAGCCAGUUGUUCUUUGACGCUCUGCGCUUCCUGCUCGAUGAGAGGAGGUUCAUCAUGCCUUGA